GCGCACUACGUUUUCUUCCCCAGCAUUCGGUGAUACUGCAACCCAAGUCUCUAAUUCAGCAGAAAACUUAGAAAAAAUCUAGAUUCAUGCGAACGAUCAUCUAAAAUCUAUAUAAUAAAGGCUCAGAUUGCUAAAGGUCUUGAUAAUGACUGAACUGUUUUUUAUUUCUUCAUUAUCUGCGUGGAGACCAAUGUUUGUUGAUUAUUCAAGUUCAGCAUGAAAUAAAUUUCACACCAACGAAAGGCCAAGCCGGGAGCCGGGGAAAUUGAAAAGUAAGAAUCACAUGCAUGCAUGCACUCAUGCAUGAAUGUGAAUAAUAUGGCAAGGGAUCUUUUUUUUUUUCCCUUGAAGAAAGCUGCCUUCACGGCUCAUUCUUACUUUUCAUGGCGGUGUCGUUUGAUAAAUCAGCUUCCGCUUCGUCAAGCAGCUCAUUUCGCUUUGACAAGACACUGUCAGCGACAGCACGUUUUGGUCCAAUCGAACGUAGUGAUGGUGGCGGUUUCCGCCAUUCCAACGCGCAUUCGGAUCCUGAACCAGAUCCGGAUCCUGAACAACUGGAAUGCCAUACGCACUCCAUUAAGAAUCGUGUUGCAAUGUUUCAGCCAAUGACUGAUGCUAGUAGACUGGAUCUGGAUGGGAUCGAAGUGCAGUCAUUUCUGGAAAAUGGUGACUACUAUGACGAAAUAUAUGGUGAUGAUUUGAAUCCCUGCUCCAGCACCUAUGCAACCUGGAGCCACCAGCUGGAUCAUCGACACAGUUUGGCGGAGAAUCAUAAACUGGGCCAUUUGGUAGCAGAUGACACUGUGGAAUACUUGCAUUUUGCCUCGUACAUCGAUGAUAUCUAUGGUUUACCGUCACCAUUAUCGAGUCCGAUGAAAGAAGCGCGACAAGAAGAGGACGAAAAUGUACCCCGACAGUUUGCUGUGGAACGGUUGACGAUGGUGAGAAAACAUUUGCUGGAACGUGCGCAUACUGGUCCUGAAAAGGAAGAUUACAAAUCGGACAGAGAAUUACUGCAGCGAGAGAAAUACCCGCAGUUUAUUUGAUAAUCAGACUCAAAAAGUAACACCGAAUAACCAAUAAGAUAAUGAAAAAAAAAGUUUUUAAUUUUUUUUUCUCAGAUCUGUAGUAUAUUUGCUGG